AUGAAACAAAUUCUACGAUAUUUGUCAACAAGAACAAAGCACUCUCAAUUCUAUGCCAAAUCUACAAUUAAUCCAAUUGAUUUCAAAUUGAAACCGCCAAGUAAAUUCAUACCUAAAUCAGUGCUUGUAUUUUCAACCCCAUCAAAUUUACCACAAGUUAUUCAAGAUGCAAUAGAUUUAUUUCAAAACAAUCAAUUACAAGUGGUUGUUGCCGGUGUAGACACAAUGGUCCCUUAUUCCCAUAGGAACGGUGUUAGUGAAUUAUGGUUGGAUCAUUCCUUAAAGAUUGGUGCUUCAACAUUAUUGGAGGAGAAAGAUAAAUUAAAUGAACCACCAAGAGAAAGUGAUGGAAUCAAUGCAGUUAGUGCAAGAAAGAAUUGGAAAAAUAUACGGGGGAGUUUGAAUAUCAAAUUAAGAAAUGAAAUGAAUGCUAGUAUUAGUUUAGCAAAUACAGUAUUUUCGACUGGCUCGAUUAUUACAUUAUUUUAUUUUGAUCCCAUACUAAAAAUUGCUCAUUCUGGAGAACAUUUAUGUGAUUUAGAUAUUGAAUUGCCUAGAGGUAUUAUAUCAAACCAUUCAGUGGCGGUAGUGGAAGAUAAAUGGACACCACUAUAUUCUGAUGAGCCCUUUAAAGUCACUAAUUGUGUUGGUAAUUUACUCAAAACAAUUGAACAAAAACCAGCUGCCAAAUUUCUUGAAAAUAACGAGAAAUUGAUGAGUUUGGGAAGUAAAGAUACUGAAGUUUAUGUGAAAUUACGCAAACAAGGAACAUCAGUUGUGGAAAGAUACAAAGUAACAGCCGGAGGUGGUGGAUGGGGACCAAAAGCAGAUUUAAUUGCUUUAUCACCCGAAGCAAAACCUAAAAAAGGUGACGCAGUUGAAUUUUUCAUGAUAAAACCUGAAGAUAGAUAUUUUAGUAAGCAUAACGAUGAUGAUAUUGGAAAAUACCAAAAUUCAAUUGCAUUUGCAAGAAGUUAUGAAGAAACGACAUUCAAUGAAAACGAAAAAGAAAAGGAACAUAUUUUUGAAAAUGUAUUUGGUUGUGGUCUGGAGCAUGGGUUUAUAUUUAACGGAAUAAAGCAUGAUUCUCCUGGAGAAGCUCUUUAUAUAAAAUUGUGA